AUGGCAGGAUAUGAUGAAGCUGAUGUACUUGGCAUGAGAUCCUUCUCAAUAAAGAUGCUAUAUAGCAAGCUGAGAGGUGUGAUGCCCAAGGUGGAUUGGAGAAGGAUAGUGUGCAAUAAUCAGGGGGCUCCUAAAUGGAAUUUCAUUUUGUACGUGGCAGUUUCAAGGAGACUUCUUACUAUAACUAGGCUAGCAAAAUGGGGAAUGAUUACUGAGGUAAAAUGUCCUCUUUGUGAGAGGGUGGAUGAGGAUAUAGACCAUUUGCUAUUUGAAUGCUCUUUCUCUGCAACUAUGUGGGAGAAGGUGUUGGCAUGGCAAGGUAUACAAAGGAGAGCAAUGCCUUGGCAACAGGAAGUGUUUUGGGCAAUCUGCCAUGCCAAGGGAAAAACUGGCAGAGCUGAGGUAUACCGAAUGGCACUGGCAAGUAGUGUUUAUCAUAUUUGGCAGGAGAGAAACUGGAGAGUAUUUCAAAAGAGAUCAAGGAGUGCAGUUGAACUUACUAGAUUGAUCAUUCAAGAAGUGCAUUGUAGAAGAGUGGUUGAUGCUGAUAGCAGCUGCUGGUUUGUUAGAGCUGCUGUCUUUUUUGUACAUAUUUGCUACUUGAUGAGUGACAUGAAGAAGAUGAAAGUCCAAAUCAAUGAAUAUCAAAAAUUACUUGAAGACUUGAAGGCUGAGAUGAUAACUCUUCUAGAAAAAUUUGCUGAUGGGGUACUAAUCGAGAAGUUGCCUGACUCAUGGAAUGAUUAUAAAAAUACCAUAAAGUAUAAGCAGAUAAAUUUCACCAGUGAGGAGAUAGUGACUCAUAUCCUUAUUGAAGAUACCAACAUAAAGGAGUCAUUCAAAGCUAAGGGGAUAGUUAUCAGGACAAAUCUUGUGCAAGGUCUAAGCAUCAGCAAAAGGGAUGACAAUAAGUCUAAAGGUUACAACCCCAAUAAUCCUAAUUUUAAGAAAACUAAAGGCCCUUGUUUUGUAUGUGAAAAAUCUGGUCAUCAUACCUCACAGUGCAGGAAAAAAGUGAACAACGACAAAGAAAAAGGUUAUCCUCCCCAAGCUAUCUUAGUUGAAGGAGAUAAUAUUAUUGCAGCUGUCAUUUCUCAAGCAAACAUUAUAGCACAUGUAAACAAAUGGUUGGUAGACUGUGGGGCUACUUGA